CAAGUACAUAUAAUAUAUGUAUAUAACAAACAAACAAAGAAGAAGAUGAAACUACCACCAAUGCCCAAGAUUCAAGAGUUGAUCAGACUUUAUGGUCUGUCAGCAAAACAGCAGCUCUCACAGAACUUCUUGUUGGAUAUGAAUAUAACGGACAAGAUAUGUAAACUGUCUGGUGGCUUCAAGGACUGCACGGUGAUAGAGGUCGGUGCAGGACCAGGUGGUCUCACUCGCUCGCUGCUCAACUCGGGCGCCAAGAAGGUGAUCGCCGUUGAGAUGGACCGACGAUUCAUCCCGGCACUGCGCAUGAUGGAGGAGGCCAGUGACGGUCGUCUAAAGGUGGUGAUGGGCGACAUGAUGGACGUCGACGAGGCAAAGAUACUCAGAGAGAACUGUGCAGAGAAGGUCGAUUGGGGUCAACCAUCCAAAGUCAAGAUCAUUGGUAAUCUGCCCUUCAACGUCGGUACACACCUCAUGCUCAAAUGGAUCAGGCAGAUAGCGCCUCGAACUGGUCUCUAUGAGUUUGGUCGAGUGCCGAUGAUACUAAUGUUUCAAAAGGAGUUGGCUGAUAGGAUUAUAGCACCAGUUGGAUCACCAGAGUAUGGUAGACUGGCAGUGAUGGUACAACAGGAGUGCAUGUCAAAGGUGGUGUAUGAUCUACCUGGGAAGGUGUUUGUACCUCCACCAAAGGUGGAUGCAAGCGUUGUAUAUAUAGAACCAUUGAUCAAGCCUCUUGGUGAAGAGGCCAAGUCCAAAGAGUACCUCGAGUACAUCUGUCGAGAACUAUUCACACGCAAGAGAAAGACACUCUCCAAUGCCAUCAAGACAUUGGGUAAUGGAUCAGAAUCAUUGAUUGGUGGAAUAGAUCCAAUGAAGAGACCACAGAACUUGACGAUCGAGGAGUUGGUGGCACUGUCUAAUCGAUUUGUGGAUUGGCCUGGAAAGAAGGAGAUUGAUAUGUUGUCAUUUAGGAAUGAUGGCAAAUGGCUGAGAUCAGAGCUAAAGAAGGAGAAGAGGGUCAAGAAGCAGGAGGAGCGCAUUGAGAAGCAGAAGAAGAAGGUGGAGGAUUUCAAAAAGUUGAGCAAGGAGGAUCAGAAGAUAUACCUACAGUCACUCAAAGAGACUAUGCCAUCCAUCUUCAAGAAUGCCCAUGUCCUGGCCGGUGAGCCAAUCAAUGACAACACUGGAGACAACAUCGACAACACAUACGAAGAUGAAUACGACGACGAGGAAGAGGACACCAUUGUUAAG